UGUAUAGGAGCGUCCUGAGACUAUGAAAGGUCGAGUGAAGUUAGCUUUCAAGAAGAAUGGGAAAAAGGAAAAGAAGAAUUCUGAGAAGCAGGCGGAUACUGACUCUGAUAUUGAACUCCUGACUGGAGAUGAGAGGGAGGGGGAUGGUGAGGAUACAAGCAUGACGGAGGACUGGGCUAAGUUCCACCAACAAGAGAUGGAGAAGAAUCCUGGAGAGGGCCACACAGAUAAAAUGGAGAGUUUAGUUACACCUAAAGAUGAGAAGAAACACAAGAAACCUAAACCAGUGUCAGAAUCCACCAAAUCUGAGGAGAAACCCAACCUGGAGCCGGAACCCACCAAACCUGAAACAGUCACCGAACUCAAAACCCCCAAGGGAACUAAAUCCUCAAACAAUGGAGCAAAAACUCCCAAAUCUGACUCCAAGACUGCACCCAAAGCUAAUCCAUUGGCUAAAUUCUUGGUUAAAAUGAAACCUGGAACAAUUCCUCCUAAAACUUCUGCUUUUGCUGCUCCAAUCACUUAUAGAAAAGCUCCAAAGCCAAAGGCUGGAGCCCGACCCGUUACAACUGUGGCCGGAGCUGUUAGUCAGCUGAAAACUCUGCAAGAUGGCGGAGGCUCCGAGUCUGAGGAUGAAGUCGAGGGUGAAGAAAUCGCUUUAGAUGAUGUGGCUGCGUCUUCCUCUGAAGUUAAAAAGCCCUUUCACUAUAGUGAUAAACUCAGCUUUAAGAACAAGAAACUAACACCCAGAUUUAUGAAAUCUGAAGAAGAAGAAGAAGAAGAAGAAGAAGAUGAUAAUCUAGUUGAUAUAGAGAAAAAGUUUUCUGAAAUCAAUGGAUGGUUAGAGAAUAAAACUGAACAGGGUUGUAUAAGAUCGACAGAGGGUGAUAGAAAGAAGACUUUUAAAUGUUGUGUAUGCUCUGGUGAGAAGAUAUUUCCCUUUCGAUCCGAUCUCAAGAAGCAUUUAGUUCACUGUCAUCUAAUGAGCAAAAAAAGGGAAAGUAUUAAUAAGAAGUAUCAAUGCCCGGAUUGCUUCCAGCUUUACUCUACUUGGGGAAACAUGAAUGCUCACUACAGAGAGAAACAUACUCCUGGUAGAUGUCAACACUCUUGUAAUUUCUGUGAUAAAAGAUUUAACAGACAGGAUCAUUUUCAACUACACGUUCAGUCCCACACUAAGGAUAAAUCCUGUCAGUGUUCUACCUGUGGGUUAAAGAUUAGUAGACCUUCAGGCCUCUCCAGGCACUAUUCUAAUAAACACCCUUCCCCAUUGUCUGAUGAAUGUAAUGGAAGGUCUAAACAAAUCUGUAGAUUCUGCCAAGAAAAGUUUAAGACAAUUGCUCUUCGAGAGGACCAUAUUAUAAAUUACCAUGGAGCCCAGCUUGACUGGUUAAAAGAAGAAAAAUCUAGGAAGCAGAGGGAUGUUCAGGCAAUUCUCAGUCUGGAAACUUCUGAAGAAAUAGAGGCAUACCCACUUAAGAAAGUCCUAAAGGAACUGAAAAAGUAUACUUGUGCUGAAUGUGGGGUGCAAUAUGCUUUUCCUGAAAAUCUACAGAAGCACGCCAGGACUCUACAUCAGAUGAUGGGGAAAGGACAGUACACGUGUAAUUAUUGUGAUGAGAUAUUUGGAUUCAUCUACGUUAAACAGGUAAAUAGUCUAAAGUUAUAAACUUUAACAUAGUAAUUAAUUAUUUUACAU